AUGGGAAGGAAGGUCUAUUUUCUUGUCCCCCAGCCAAGCGACGAAUCGUCCUCUGCCAACGUCCUUUGGCAUCCGGACCUUCACCUGGAUAACAUUUUCGUUGAUCCAGAUACUUGUCAAAUCACCCGCAUCGUGGACUGGCAAUCAGCGUGCGUUGCUCCACUGUUCUAUCAAUCUGGUGUUCCCAGGAUGUGUAGACAUCCUGCUACUCCGGAAGGCUGGGUCGUCCCUGAACGACCGGAAGGGUUUGAGAACAUGAGUAAAGACGAACAGAAGCGGGUUGACGACGAUUUGGAGAGCCAGACGAUUCACAAAUACUACGAGACACAAGUGUAUAAGCUAGCGCCUCUUCAUUGGGCUGUGCUCCAGCGACCGGGGAUCCCUAUCCUCCGGAAACCUGUUUGGCUAGUAAGCGGAGUGUGGGAAAACCGAGACUUGUUCUUUCUCCGCGAAUCGCUCUUGAAAAUUACAGCUCACUGGAGCGACCUUUUCCCGGACACCCCUUGCCCGAUCGACUUCAGCAGCGAGGACAUUGAGCUCCAGUCCAGGGAGGAGGAAAAUGUCGAAGGGGUCGGGCGUAUGUUGGUACUGUUCCGAGAGGAAGCUGUACUCCCUGUGGAUGGGAUGAUUGAGCCCGAAGACUACGAUGUGGCCCGUGAAAAUAAUCGUAAGUUCAAAGAUAUUUUCAUUGGGCUGGCGAAAGGAUGA